CAUAAUAUUAAAACUAUUCAAAAGCCGCCCCUCCAUCUCCCAACAAACCUAAAAAUAUCUUUAACCGCCGGCUGCCAUGACGGAACCCUAAGCAACUUCUCCGGCGACUCCGGCGGAGCUCCGUUCAACCUAAAUGCGAAUCAUUCUUCCAGAUCUUCAAAUCCGAACACACAAAUCACGUAACAAUGCCGUCGCAAUCGGAUCUGGACCGUCAGAUCGAGCACUUGAUGGACUGUAAACCGCUGCCGGAGGCGGAGGUGCGGACGUUGUGUGAUCAGGCGAGGACGAUUUUGGUCGAGGAGUGGAAUGUGCAGCCGGUGAAGUGUCCGGUGACUGUUUGCGGUGAUAUUCAUGGGCAGUUUCAUGAUUUGCUUGAGCUGUUUCGGAUCGGAGGAAGUGCUCCGGACACGAAUUACUUGUUUAUGGGAGAUUAUGUUGAUCGAGGCUAUUACUCGGUGGAGACUGUUACGCUUCUUGUGGCAUUGAAAGUUCGUUACAGAGAUAGGAUUACUAUUCUCAGAGGAAACCAUGAGAGCAGGCAGAUAACUCAAGUGUAUGGAUUUUACGAUGAAUGCUUGAGGAAGUACGGAAACGCAAAUGUAUGGAAACAUUUCACUGACCUUUUUGAUUAUCUACCUCUCACUGCCCUUAUCGAGAGUCAGAUAUUCUGUCUCCAUGGUGGCUUGUCUCCAUCUUUGGAUACACUAGAUAACAUACGUGCUUUAGAUCGCAUACAAGAGGUUCCUCAUGAGGGGCCAAUGUGUGACCUUUUGUGGUCUGAUCCUGAUGACCGGUGUGGUUGGGGAAUAUCUCCUCGUGGAGCCGGUUACACUUUCGGGCAGGAUAUAGCCGCACAGUUUAACCAUACAAACGGGCUCUCGCUUAUUUCUCGGGCUCACCAGCUUGUCAUGGAAGGUUACAAUUGGUCUCAGGAGAACAACGUUGUAACCAUAUUUAGUGCACCAAACUACUGCUAUAGAUGCGGGAAUAUGGCUGCGAUACUUGAGGUUGGAGAGAAUAUGGACCAGAAUUUCUUACAAUUUGACCCAGCCCCUCGUCAGGUUGAGCCCGAUGUUGCACGAAGAACUCCGGAUUACUUCCUGUAAAUUUGUGUUGGAUAAUAUGACCUUUGCAUGCAUCCUAUUUAUGUUGUUAUAGUUUUCGCUUUCCCCUGCUAGAGAGUCCCCCUAUUCUUGAGAAUUAAAGACAAUAUGUAUGAUUGUUUGUCCCUUGUUCUAUUUGAGAUUAUUUGUUUAACACUUUGGCCCCA